CAUAUUGGUAUUGUCAAAAACUUCGGGAUCUAUCGGUGUGCAGGAGAAAAUGGUUUUUCACAUCAUACAAAGCGUUUCAGAACAACCACAGUGAUUCCGUAGAAAGCGCUUGAACUUUAGAUGUUUCGUUUUCCGCGUUCCGUACUGAUUUCUGUUUGCAAAUGAUGUUUCCCAUGCAGAAAUGUUCGGGGAGCGGGACGGAAUCGGAGGCCGGUGGGAUAGGUUUAGGCAAAACUUCCUUGCCUUCUGACGAACUGGCGUCAGCGGUGGCUGCUGUGUCGGACGAGAUAGGGGAUAUCCUGAAGGACGAACUGGGGGAUGCGGAUAGGGCGGAUCGCAUUGGUGCAGAGCUCGCCGAUCUGAGAGCGGAACUCGGUCUCCUUGCAGGUCUUGCCGACGAGCCUCAGCAGGACUUCCCGUCUCUGUUUGAAAUAGCUAUCGGUCACCGCGCGUCCGGCAGCGGUUCCUCCACGUCCUCGUCGUGGUCCGGCGCGCGCGGCAAGGCGAGGCGCGCCGCGCGGCCGCAGCGCGCGAACCGGAAGCGGCCGAUCGUCAAAGGGAAGGAGAUGUGCCGGCGCCGCAGCGCCGCGGCGCGCCGCGCGGCGUCGCUGCGCGUCCGGCGCGCGGACGCGGCGUCCGACGCGAGCGACGUCGGCGCGGACUCCGACUCGGACGACCAGUGGACUGAGCUGGAUGAUUCAUCUGCGUCUUCGGAUAAAGAUCGAGCCGGCGUAGAUGACAUCUGCCCGGGAUACCAGGACAAGGGAUCCCAGGUGGAACCGCCAGCGAUGGGCCAAUUCCUGCUGCCGCUGCUGAGUGCUGAACCAGCCCCCGAGCCGGACCACUUUCUCAUCAGGCACGAGGACAUACUCCAGCUGCUUGCGUCGGCGGAGGAGACCGUCCGCGAUGAAGCGCCACUGGAGGAUGACGUCACACUGGACCAGCAGACGGACGCGCUGUCUGAGGGCAUGUUCGAAUGUGAGGAGCCAGUCGUCACACCAGAGGAUGAAGCCGCCCUGUUUCAUUUCGUGUGUGCAGACGCGGAGCAAGGCGGCGACUCGUCGGAGUUCAAGCCAAUCGAGGAGUGGCUGCUCGGCGUGUACCACUCGUGGUGCGAGAUCAGCGCGCUCAUGUACACCCUUAUGGGGACCAACAUGAGCGUCGACAUGGUGAAGUCGGCGUGGUCGUACCGCGCGCGGUUCGGCUGCCACUGCCGGCUCUGCCUCAGCGCGGCCAGCAACGUGGCGGCGCUGCGCCGCGCGCUCGCCGGCAUCGUGCGGGCGCUCGCGCACGUGAACAGCACAACGGCAGUUGCCAGCGCUCUGGUCAAAAUGCUGCAUCUCAACUCGGCCGAGCUCUCGCCGUCGAACUGGCAGUUGCAUAGGAUCAAGGUGCCUGACGAAGGCGCAGAGAUAAUCCAGCAGCACUUGACGAAGCUGGCCAGCCAGAACGAGGUGGCCAAACAGUUUGUUAACAAGGUCUGUCUCUGUCGCACGUACGACCGACCGUUUGAGAAGCAAUAUGCUGUCGAGAGGUUUUUCAGGAUAUUGGAAAAUUUCAAAGCUGCAUCUACUAUCACUUUCAAGGUGGAGCUGAUCCCUCCGUCGGGCGGCGGGCCGCAGUGGCGCUGGGUGGGCGGCGCCCGGCGGCGGCUCGCGCGCUGCCUCGCCGCGCACCACCGCGCCAACACCGCGCGCCGCCUCGCCGACAUGGCCGCGCGCACCGCGCCCGCCGACCGUGAGUUACGCACGCGCACGUGGUACUCCGGACAGAGGCUAGCGGAGGGCAAGCGCGGAGGCGUCGCGGGCGGAGCGCCCGGCGGCGGGGGCGGAGGCGCCGUGCCGCCCACUAGCGCGGUGCGCCGCAAGGUGAUGCACAUGCGCGACCAGCAGCUGUACUACCACCGGCUGCGGAUGUGGCUCGAGGACCAGUUGCGGCUGGAGCGCGAGAGCUUACCAGACAGCAGCGUGACACUGAUCGACGAUCUGCCCAAGCGGAAGCUGAGAGCGAUCACGUCGAAGCUGCCGCGCCUCGCCGCGCCCAAGCGCAAGCUGAAGCCCGUCUCGCAGGCCAUCAGCAAACCGCACAGGAUACUCCAGAUGCUGAAGAGCAAAGCGCACGCGAUCGACCUCAAAUCACCCUACAAGGAGAUCGACGACGAACCGGCCAAGUCGGAAGUGGAGGCGCCCGAAGCCUUCCCGCUGGAGAAGGAUCUGAGCGACACGGACACGAUCGUGGGUGAGAAAGACGCGGACCUCUGCAAGGAGAUGAAGGAUUGCCUCGCGAAAUUCGCCAACUUCGCUCUGCACAGCCUGGACAAUAAUAUCCAGGCGGAGUACGGCGGGCAAACGGACAAGUACCCGGACUCCGUGAGCCCGCCGCUGCAGGAGAUGUCGCCGACCACCUCGGAGCCGAUGCCCGUGUACCAGAAGCCGCAGCGCAUGCUGCCGGUCAGCCAGUUCCUCAGGGAGGAGCCGAGGGACGGCCAGCCGGACGGCGAGAGAGCCGCCGGCGCGGAGCCGCCGCACGGCAGGGACAUGUUCAAGUACGUCACCUUCGGGCUGGAGAUCAAGAAGGCGAUGGAGGAGUGUCAGAACAUCAUCAACACGUACAAUAGCGCCGAGAACGAGAAGGGGAAGGACGACGCGGACGGGCCGCUGUCCCUGGAGCAGAUCGUAGAGGUCAUGAUGAAUUUGGAGAAGAGCUCGCCGGAGUUUUUAGAGAAAAUCGAAUCGGACGACCUGCACCUGUACGUGACGAAUGGGAACAAAUUGACCGAAAUAGUUGAGAACAUGCCCCAAAUCCUCGCCAACAUGCCGGAGAUCGCGUCCAAACUGGCCAACGCCAGCCUAGAAUUACCAGAAUUUGCGUCCAUUAUGAAUAGCCUGCCGGAAGUGAACGCCGACGCGCAGCUGACACCGGAAACGCUGAAACAGAUCCGCGAGUUGAAGUUGAACAGGCGCGACGGUGUUAAAGUUACUAAGAACACUGCCAAACGUAAAAAUAAACCUAGGGUUAGGAGUGAUGUCGAUAUAGUUAUAGAAAACGAUUUAGAUAGUAAGGAUAGCGUGGACGACAGCAAGGAGGAGGUCGAGGAGUCCGCCGCGUGUAGCAAAGUGUUAGAUUACGUUAGCAAAAGCCCGGUGCUUGCCAAGUGUUUGGAGAACAAGGAGUUGACCAUGUCGAAAAACGUCAACUCCGAGUCGUUCCUGAAAGCGUCCACUCUCUUCGAGAAAGCGGUUAAGGACGCGUUGAGUAUGGACGAGCUGAAGGGUGUGGUGCGUUCGAAAUUCAACUUUUGGAAGGAGUUCGUAGCGACAAAAAUCAAAACGAUACCCGUGGAGUUCCUGCAGAACGAGGUGGAGAGAAUGCUGGAGAUAUUCUUCACGGACAUACAGGACAUGACGUGCCAUCAGCACGGACCGGAAAUAGAUAGGCUCAUAGAGAAAGCGGAAGAAGUUCGAGAGACGGUAGAUAGCGAAUCGGACGAGGAGGGCUGUCCGCAAUCGAAGGAAUCGUUAAAACAAAUAACCAAAUUGCUUAGCACGUCCGCGGGGAACACGUUCGACUUGCUGAUAAUGAAAUUGUCGAAAAUGUCGCAGGACAAACGGUCCGCAAUAAAGAGCCUUAAAUUUAAGUACUACGAUGUGAUCAAGCGAUGCGCGGACUCCCCGCAGCUGGCCGCUUGGGUGUUACUCAACCCCGAGGUGGCGACCAACGUCAUACAAGAACUGACCGGCAUGCAAGUAACCAAAGUGGACAACACGCCGGACUUCUCGACGAUACCGCACGAAAUCAAAAUCGACUAUUUCAUGAACCGAUUGCGCGAGAUGAACAGGAACUACAUGAGGAGCAUACCGAAGUCGUCGCUCUGCAGGGACCAGUGGCUGGUCAUGCUCUACAAGCUGGAGGAGGUCGAGAAGUCGAUCAAGGAGUCGUUCUUGAAACUGAAGCAGGAACCUGUGGUGAAACCGCCGCCUCCGAAACCGCCUCAAAACCACAACCAGAACCAAGCGAGCGAAGCGGAGAUAUUAGCAGCGAGAGGCCUGAGCAAAAUUAUAGGCAAGGCGAACGUGAGGCCCGUGAAGAAAGUCAACAAGGAGCCGGUGAAAGAAACGAAAGUGGAGCCGAAAGUCGAGAAGGACGAUAAGAAAUCGAAAAACGAAGCGUUAUUAGCGAAGUGCGAGGCGAUAUUGACCUCGAAAGGUGAAAAAUCGCUAUUGGACAGUUUUUAUACAAUCAAAUCGUACAUAACGCAAGGUCUACCCGUGCCGGAGACAUACAAAAAGCACGUCAUCUCCAUAUGCUCCAGCAUAGACGCGCGGCUACUCGACGAGGACAUAGAGGAGACCCUCAAAGUGGAGGAGGACAAGAAUCUGUCGGUGAUCGGCUCCCAGAACCCGGAGCUGUUGGCCAAGUACUCCGCGCAGGCGCUCAGGAACGCGAAGCAAACGCUCAACGCGGUUGCGUUCAGGAACAUGAAGAACGGGAAGGAGGGCUCGUGCGACACGCCCAAGAACAACUGCAAGUACACGAACGACUGCGCGUGCGACGCGUGCGCGGAGGGGGAGGGCGACAAGGAGAAGAGGGAAGUGAAGAAGGAGAGGAAGCCGAUGCUGAAGGCGAAACCGGUGCAGAAGCCGUGCGAGAACGCGGUGCAUCAGCAGCAUCAGCAGCACGUCUGUAAAGUGGGCCACGGCAACGCACCCGCGGGCGCGCCCGCCGCGUGUUCCGGGGAGAACCCGGACCAGCCCUGUUCUUGCUGUUACUGCACUGUUUUUGGACAUGCGCCGCCGCUGACGACGCCGGUGCCGAGGAAUUUUAAUGAAACUAGAGAGAGAUUACGAUCGAUUCUAAAUAAGAAGAAACAGAAAUAUAAAUCCAAUGGGGAUUCACAAUCGCCGACCGCAGAAACGGAACGACCCAAAAUUCAACCGGUACACAGGCCACCGGCCUUACCAAAAACCCUCCCACCGAACCUGACGCCGCAGGCGCAGCAGAAGAAGCAGAUACUCGACAAGCAGCAGAAACAGCUGGCCGAUAAAAUGAGCAAGAUGACUGUCAGCGAUAAGCCGGAGAGUAAGCCCGUACAAAGUGCGCACACGCAGCAGAGCGCGCCCGCCAUAUCCACGGAAGGCAAAGUGAAUCCGAACGCGAUGGAGCAGAUACGGUUGCAGCAAUUGAAACAGCAGCAGCAGGCUCAAUUGCAACAGCAACAGGCGCUGCUGCAACAACAGCAAAUGCAACAACAACAGCAGCAACAGCAACAGGAGCAACUCCAGCAACAACAGCUCCAGCAACAGCAGCAACAACAGCUCCAGCAACAAAAGCAACACCAGCUCCAGCAACAACAGCAACACCAGCUCCAGCAACAGCAGCAACACCAACAACAGCAACAACAACAACAACAGAAGAAACCCGAGCCGAUAUACGACCUGCCGAUACACAACAAACCGACGCUAACGCCGCAACAACAGCAACAAAUAAGGCAACAGCAAUUGCAACAGCAACAGCAGCAGAUGCUCCGCCAACAGCAGCAGCAGCAGCAACAAUUGCACCAGCAGCAGCAGCAGCAGGCGCACAUGAUGCAGCAGCAGCACCUGCAGCAGAUGCAGCAGCGACAGGGCAGGCCGCAACAGCAGCUGUCACUCUCCAGCCGGGAUACGAGCGUCUUUUCCACGUCGUCCGAGUGCUCUGGGUGA